CAACUGUCAAAAAAACUUAAAAGUGUGUUUUUUGAAUGCGCUUCAGUAAUUUUUCAAUUAAACUAUUUUUACUUAAAAAUUUAUUUAUAAAAUCAUUAAAUUAAUUAAAUAACAAAAAAAAAAUGUCUGAAACUCAGAGCUCUAAAGAUACUGUUUUAAAAACAGCAAUGACUUAUAUUUGCGGUGAAUGCCAUCACGAAAACGAAAUGCGUCCUAGAGAUCCCAUUCGAUGCCGUGAAUGUGGUUACAGAAUAAUGUACAAGAAACGUACAAAGCGAUUGGUUGUAUUUGAUGCGCGCUAAAAAGAGGUUUUGGACUAUUUUUGAUGCUGGACGAAGUUAGUGUAGUUCUAAGUUUGUAACAAAUAAUUAAUAAAUUUCCAAUAAAUAGUUUUGAUCGUA